AUGCCGAAGACAUUCACAUCACCGCACAAGAAGCUGGGAUCCGCCUCCAGCGCCCCUCCCUCCGGCAGCAAACUGAAGAAGAGCAAAGCGCCAUCACCGCCACCACAACUCUCAGCAGAAAGCGCGAGUGAUGACGAUGACGAUCACGACGACGACGAAGAAGCAGACAGCUCGGAAGACGACGGCGAAGCAGAACGUUCGAGUGGAAGCGGCAGUGGAAGCGGCAGUGGAAGCGCCGAUCAGGACAGUAACGACGACGAGGACGACACAUCAUCCGACAAGGAAGCAGCGCCAUCAGCAGGCGAGGAAGAAGACGAGAAGAAGGGAGCCACAAUCGCCGAAGACGGCAAGAAGGUCACGUUCGCCGACCUAGGUGUCAUUCCUCAACUGAUCGAAGCAUGUACCAACAUGGGCUUCAAACAUCCCACUCCCAUUCAAGUCAAGGCGAUUCCCGAAGCGUUGCAAGCCCACGACGUCAUUGGUCUCGCUCAGACCGGUUCAGGAAAGACGGCAGCAUUCACCAUUCCCAUCCUUCAGGCGCUGUGGGACAACCCAAAGCCCUUCUUCGCAUGCGUUCUCGCGCCAACACGUGAGCUGGCUUACCAGAUCUCGCAGCAGGUAGAAGCUCUCGGCUCGACCAUUGGCGUGCGCUCGGCCACCAUCGUCGGUGGUAUGGACAUGAUGUCGCAGUCCAUCGCGCUGUCGAAGCGUCCACAUGUUAUUGUUGCCACACCCGGUCGUCUGCAGGACCAUCUCGAGAACACAAAAGGAUUCAGCUUGCGUGGACUGCAGUACCUCGUCAUGGACGAAGCCGACCGACUGCUCGACAUGGACUUUGGACCCAUCAUCGACAAGCUUUUGCAGUCCAUCCCGCGCGAAAGGAGGACGAUGCUGUUCAGUGCCACCAUGACCACCAAGGUCGCCAAGCUGCAGCGCGCGUCGUUGAAGAACCCGGUCCGUGUCGAGGUUGACACCAAGUACACCACCGUAUCGACACUCAAGCAGCACUACCUCUUCAUGCCCUUCGCCCACAAAGACACCUACCUCGUCCACCUCGCCAACGAGCAGGCAGGACACUCGAUCAUCGUCUUUACACGGACAGUGCACGACUCGCAGCGUCUCUCCAUCCUCUUGCGACUGCUUGGCUUCCCUGCUAUUCCGCUGCACGGCCAGCUCAGCCAACAAGCUCGUCUUGGCGCGCUCAACAAGUUCAAGACCGGUGGUCGCUCCAUUCUUGUCGCAACCGAUGUAGCUUCUCGAGGUCUUGAUAUUCCGGCAGUCGACCUGGUCGUCAACUACGACAUCCCCACCAACUCGAAAGACUACAUCCACCGUGUCGGUCGUACCGCCCGUGCUGGUCGCUCUGGUCGCUCCGUCACUCUCGUCACGCAAUACGACGUCGAGCUGCUGCAGCGCAUCGAGACCGUCAUCGGGCUCAAAAUGACCGAGUUCCCCGGCGGCAACGACAAAGAAGCGGUGAUGCUGCUCAGUGAGAGGGUCGCCGAGGCGCAUCGUGCUGCCGUGAGGGAGCUCAAGGACAAGGGCGUCGGAAGUGCAGGUGGUUCCGGAAAGAGGAAAAGGAAGAUGGAUGGAAGGUAUGGCGACGACAUGGACCGAGACGAUGACCAGGUUCAAGCCGGGUUGCCCGUGUCAGGGAACGGGAGACAUCAGAACCAGAACCGAAAGAAGGGUCGUCGCUGA